AUGCUCCUCGACGAAGACCCCGCCGCCCUCAUCUCGCAAUGCACCUCGCACUUCAAGAUCGCCAACGAUACCGCCUCGCUGCUGCGCAUAUCCGACUCGCUGAGCACCCUCUCUCAGUUUCGCUCCCAACACCUCUCUUCGCUGCAGGGCUCCCUCUCCCGACUAUCCCGCACCCACCAAACACUCAGCGCGAACCAUAACCACACGCUCUCACAACACAACCCGACGAACCACGCCGCUGAGAUUCUGAGACUGGACACGGAGAAGUUCAAAAUUGCGAAGCAGGCGUCCGACCUCGAGAUCGAAGGCGAGAGGCUGCAGCAGGAGCGGGAGCGACUGGCAAGCGUUGCGCAGGAUCUGGAAGCGGAGGGUGUCGAGGGCGGAGAGAGAGAAAAGCCAGAGAGUGAGGACGCCACAAUAUUGAAACUCAAACUCUACCGCACCCUCGGCAUUGAUGUCGAGCCUGAUGCCACCACAGGCCAGUACAACAAAGCUGUCAUUCGCAACGCGGCAAAGGGCGAUGUGCACGUCGUCAACAUCGACCCCAAGUUCUCGAGACACUUUUACACAAACUACUUCUGGCGAACCAUGUAA